AUGUGGGGAAGAAAUGUUAAACAUGCAGCGAAUUACCUUAAAAGAUGCUCGAUCUCGACCAGUUUGGGUAUCUCCAGAUCAGAAGGCCGUGCUGUUAAUAGUAAUGAUGUAUCAGACUAUAACCAAGCUUUACCAUUUGAAGAUAUUCCUGGUCCUCGAGGUAUCAAAUAUCUUGGAACUUUACAUCACUAUAUGACUGGUAGAUUAGAUAAAUAUAAAUAUCAAGAUAUUUUAGAAGAAUACUUUUCUAAAUAUGGUCCCAUCUUUAAAGAAACACUAUUUGGUAGCACCAUAGUACAUGUUUGUGAUCCGAAGAUGUUCGAAGUUAUUUACCAAGAUGAAGGUAAAUACCCAGAGAUUGAGCCUCUUGUGGAACCGUCGCAAAAGUUUCGCGGAGAAGGUGAUUUGUCUUUAGGUCUUGGGAACUCAAAUGGUGAAAAAUGGUACAAUCUUCGAGCAAUCGUACAAAAAAGCAUGCUGAAGCCCGCGGAAGUUUCCAGUCAUCUUCAAAUUAUAAACGAGAUAGCUAAUGAUUUCGUGGAUAAAACUUUACAUAAAGGAUAUAGUGACGAUUUUCUUUUGGAUACUUCAAUAUGGAAGCUUGAAUCUGGUGGUGCAUUAAGCUUCGGUAAGCGACCCGGGUAUCUUGAAUGUGGAUCGGCUCAGGAAAUGGAAGCUAUGAAGCUUGUCAAGAUGGUGGAUAAUACGUUCACUUUAGCAACAGAUUUAAAAUUCUCGUUUCCUUUAUACAAGUAUAUUAAAACACCAGCUUAUAAAGCCUUGCUUGACUCGGAACAGUAUAUUAAUGACGUCACUUCCGUUUAUCUUUCCGAAACCUUAAAACAUAUUGAGACAGAACUUGAAAGGACAGACGACUUCAAUGACAUUCAAAAUACUUAUCGUUUUCUAUAUUCAUUGUUAGGUCAUAAGAAUUUAUCUAAGAAAGAUAUGGAAGUGAUAGUAUUAUCAAUGUUUAUAGAUGGACUAAGAACCGUGGUUCCUGUUUUAAUAUCAGUUUUAUUCUGUUUAUCACAGUCUCCUAGAGUCCAGGAGAAACUGUUCACAGAAAUCUACAACGUGUUGGAAGACAGAAAAUAUAUAGCAGCAUCUGAUAUAGCUCAAUUGCCGUAUCUGAAAGCCUGCGUCAAAGAGACGUUUCGGUUGUAUCCAAUUGGUCUUGAAAUUUCACGAAUCAACCAAAAUGACAUGGUUUUAGGUGAAUACAAGAUUCCAUCCGGUACAAAGCUAAAUUUAAACAAUUUUGUCUUAAAUAGAGAUCCAAAUAUAUUUGCCAAUCCAGAAGCAUUUGUCCCCGAGCGAUGGUUGCGCGGUUCGGAACAUGCCGUGGACGCACAUCCCUAUUUGCUGCUACCGUUUGGUAGAGGACCUCGAAUGUGUGUAGGAAGAAGAUUCGCCGAGCAAGAUCUUUAUGUUUUAAUCAGUAAACUUAUUCAGAAUUGUGAACCUCACUGGACAGGCGAGAAAUACGAACAUCAGUUCAAAAUACUAGUGUAUCCAGCUUGCCCAGUAAAAUUUCAGUUUAAACCUCGUCAAAGUUCAUCUAAGUAA